GAGCUCUCGCGGUACUUUGAUGUCAUCCACCUGUCGGAUCUUGCGGCGCCGCAUCAAGUCGAAUAAGCCUCUCGUCUUUGACCAGCUAUAAGUCUGCAGUACAGCAUCCUCCAACCCCGACCGAUCUGUUUUUUUCCUUUCACACAGACACUUAGCUUUGGACGUUGGUCUUAUCAAAUAUAAUAUCCGAACUAAUUCUGUGGGUCAGAGCUGCCUAUCAAUCCUCAUCAAAUGGAUAAUGGGGACUGGGGGCAUAGGUUGACUCGCCCAGUCACCUUAAAUAUUGGAGGUCACCUCUACACCACCUCUAUCUCCACGCUUCAGCGUUACCCAGAUUCCAUGCUGGGUGCCAUGUUCCGUGGUGACUUCCCCACUACGCGGGACGCUCAGGGAAACUACUUCAUCGACCGGGAUGGGACGCUUUUCCGCUACAUAUUAAACUUCCUACGCUCGUCUGAGCUCACGCUCCCUCUCGACUUUACGGAGUUGGACCUUUUGCGUAAAGAAGCUGAUUUCUAUCAGAUUGAGCCUUUAAUUCAAUGCCUCAAUGACCCAAAGCCACUGUACCCACUGGACACCUUUGAACAGGUGGUGGAGUUGUCAAGCACUCGCAAACUCUCCAAGUACUCGAACCCUGUCGCGGUUAUCAUCACCCAACUAACCAUAACCACAAGGGUCCACUCGCUACUCGAGGGAAUAUCCAACAACUUCACAAAGUGGAACAAACACAUGAUGGACACCAGAGACUGCCAGGUGUCCUUCACCUUUGGACCAUGUGACCACCAUCAAGAGGUGUCUUUAAGGGUCCACCUCAUGGACUACAUCGCUAAACAGGGAUUCACUAUUCGAAAUACACGAGUGCACCACAUGAGUGAGCGUGCCAAUGAAAACACAGUGGAGCACCACUGGACAUUUUGCCGGCUAGCUUACAAAGUAGAGGAAUGACCAAAUCAUUGUGAGCUAUAGUGCCAUUUGAAUGUGGUUUCUGCUGUUUCCAAUGCUCUUUUAAUUCGAAUGAAAUUCACUGUCUGUUGAGACCAAACUGUUCACUGAUGGUAAAUAAAAAGGGAGUAAAAUUA